AUGGAUUCGACAGGGGCCAGGCUUGCAGAAAAGGCCGGAACUUGUCUAGUACACUCACAUCGCCUGGGAAAUGACUUAAAUACACCUGAAGACGCCUCUUCCCUCGAGGAAACGUCUCUUCGCCAGCGCAAUUGGUACGAUCGUCACCGCCGCAAGUUGAGGAGACUCGAGAUUUCAGACAACCAACGACGGUAUCUUGAAGACGAGGGGGCUUUUCUUGAAUUACCAAAGUCGACGACAGAUAUUCUUCUCCCAAUUUACAACAUGCUCUUGGAUGAUCUCAUUCCAGUAGUAGAUGGAGCUGUAAUAUUCCGGAACUAUAGCAACGGGCAAGCAUCAGUCUUCCUCAUCAGGGCAAUCUCCCUCGUUGCCUGUAAAUUCAGACAAGCAGCUCCAUUUCUUAGAAUCCAUGAGGAUGACACGAUCAUGGAUCAGAGAGAAUUUGCGUCUAGAUUGCUCAAGGGCCUUGAUGCUUCUAUCAAGGCCGAUCUUGAGCCCGACCGAAUCACCAAGGUUCAAAUUUUAGCUUUGGUGCAUCUGCACAACGACGGCCUGAGCGGACUGGAUCGCUCAUCGGGUUAUCUUUCUCAGGCUAUAUCCGAAGCAUGGGCAAUAUCCCUGCAUGUAAAGGUUCCUGUUAAUUCCGAACAAGAGCGUUGCGACUUCUUGUGGUGGACACUGCGAAGUUUUGAUCGGCUGAACAAGCCCGUCAUGGGCGCUGCUCCGUUCAUGAUAGAUGAUACAGACGUUGGGAUUGAACGUAUCGCUCCCCGAAAGAAUCACUACCGGUCUCAGCUCAUGGCCAUAUCUCUCUCUCUCGGGGAUUUGAUGAAAUCGGCAACUAGGGUCUACAAAGCUAGCUCGACUACAACGGAUGAUGACUGUAAUGCAUUUCCGACAUUCUCUGAGCUUACCACUGAUAUUUGCCUGGAUGGGUUCCAGAGGUCUCACAGAUUGUACUUGCAGAUUUGGUAUCACGUCGCCGCGAUGCUCUCCUGCCGCUAUAGCGGGCCGGAGAGCGUUCAGUAUCAGCGACGCCUAUCCUCCGCUGAUAGUAUACUACGCAUCGUCUGUCUCGAAGGCCCUGAGAAUCUCCCGCCUCUUCCUCUUGUACCUUAUGCUAUGUCAAUGUCUACCACGGUAAUCUAUCGCGCUCUCAGGGAUGGCGAACGGUCACCAGAAAUAGCGCACAAAGAUCUUGGAGCAUGUUACAACAGUCUCAUGAUCCUCAGUCAAUCAUGGACCAGUGCCAAGGGCGUAGCCAGGGUAGUGAGACGUUUGCAGCAAUUUACCAGGCCUGGCGCUGCUCCCAUUCGAACAGCAGAUGGCGCUUCAUGCACUUGCGAGAACAUACGUCAACACGCAAACGUCGCUACUAACCUAGUCAGCAGUUUUAAUGCCCCACACCGACCAACUCAGAGCACGACUGGAAGCUCAGUGCUGCCCUUAUCGAGUUUGGUGCAACCUAGUGAGGGUUCUCAACCGCAAAGUCCCGCAGAUAAUGAUGAUCAUCCGGGUAAUCAGGCGGAUACUGGGGUCGUCGAUGGGCUAUCUUACUCUCAUUUUGACAGGGCCUUUUACGAUUUCUUCGACUACGGGAUGCCCAGCCUUUUUCGCGAUUUGGCGACCUGGGACUUUCUCCAGAUAGAUGCGAAUGAUGGUUUAGGAGCCUGA